GUAAUAUUAUAAUGGUUUAGAUGAUUGCAUAAACCCUAUUUAUAUUAUUUACUUACAGUUUUCUUUUAUCACAUAACAUCUAUGAUCUAGACGUUUAUUAUAUAGAAAAAAUAAGACAUUUUUUAAAGCAAAUAAAGAUGAUAUAAGAAGGCAUUAAUUAGCAGUAGUAUUAUAUUUUAACAUGUAGAAUGCCCUCCCCCAGCUGGCACAUAAUAGCCAUUGAUUGUGCGUAUAUUUCUCAUUAAUUAAAGAAGGGAUGAUGCAAGGCAUAUAGUAUAAUUCAUGAGAUUAUAAUAAUAAUAGAAUCAAAGCGCAAACUUUAAGUAUGUUUAGUCCUAAGAUAUUCUUCAUGUCGUGAAAGUUUAUUCGCGUGUUUACAUCAAAUCUUUUUUUUUUGAAAAAAAAAAAUAUAAAAGUGCAUUUAGUAGGGUUCAAUCCCACAAUCUUAAGGGAUUAAAAGUAGCACUUAAUCAGUGUUCCAUUCAGUCUAGUUUGCGUAUGUGUUCCUUUAAUUAAUAUUAGAUAUAUUUUAGGAAUUAUAUACAUAAUAUAUCGAGUUUAGUCGGAUGACCAUGUGUUCACGUGACCCUUUUUUUACACCUGGAUUCGUCCCUGUUUAUAUGGUAUGUUAUUUGUACGUAAUGGCUUGCAUAAUUAUUGCCAUCUACCUAGGGAUCGGCAUGGUACGGUAUAUAACGAUUACCAUAUCAAAAUCGAAAUUUUUUAUAUUGUGCUUUUGGUAAUAUGGUAUUUGGUACAGUAUUUGCUAUGCGUUAUUAAAAAUUUUGGUAUUGAUAUUCGGUAUAAAAUUUUGGUAUUGAUAUUCGGUAUUUAUAAAAAAUAUACCGAAAUACCGAAUACCAUACUGAAGUAUAUAGUUAUAUAUACAAUUCAUGUAUAUUAAUAUUAAAAUACUAACAACUAUAUAAUCUAGUAAGUACAAAAUUAAUUGUUUAGAUGUUGGAAUUUUGACUAAGUAAAACUUGAUUGAAAUGCUCUUUUUGUCUAAUUGAUUUACGAAGGUGAUUGCUGUGCUUUUUUUUGAAUAUUUUUACAUGUGUAAGGUGUUAGUACAAUAUUAUUUUAAGGUGUUAGCACGAUAUUGAGGCAUUUCUUAAAUAGCCAAAAUCAUAAUUUUCUAUUAAAUGAGUAUAUAUAAGCUGAAAUCGAACAAACUAUGGUUACCGAUUUACUGUACCGUAAAAUAUCAAAACCGAACUUCAAAAUACUGAACUAGUUUGGUACGAUAAUAAUAUAAUAUUUUUAAAAAUAAAAAAUUAAAAUUACUUUUUAAAAUUUUCUAAUAUCGUACCAUAUCGUAUGAUGCCCACGUAGGGGUGGGCACGGUAUGGUAUAUACCGAAUACCAUACCGAUACCGAAGUUUUUAAUACCGCGGUUUUAGUAUUAUGAUAUUUGAUAUGGUAUUUGGUAUGAAUUUAAAUUUUCUUUGGUAUUUGGUAUGGUAUUUGGUAUUUAUAAAAUGGAUACCGGAAUACUGUAUACCAUACCGAAGUUUAUACUACAUAUAUACAAUCCAUAUAUAUUAUAUUUACUACUGCUAAAUAUAUAGACUAGUUUUCGUAUAAAAAAUUACAUCACAUCUCAUUUAAUGCCAAUUUGUAUCUAAUAGAAAAUUGUACCAUCAAAGCUAACUUUUUAUCCAAUAUUUUCAUGCUUUUAGUCUUUCACAUAUGCUGAGGCCUAGAAGCAGCCUUUAAUUUGUCUCUGCUAUUUUUCCAAUACAUUAAGACUUGAAAUGGUGGAAAUGGCCUAUUCUCUCUACUGCUGAAUGAAAUUUUUGGUGUAAAAUUGUUUAGGACCGAAGAUUAUGCUUAAUUUUAGCUAAUGUUGUUUAGACUUUGAAACUUUGACUACUCUAUCGUGAUUCAAAUGUCCGUUGUGCAAUUGAUUAACGAAGAAAAUUGUUUGUACUUUCUUUUAAAUACGUCUAUUUGUGUAUGGUGUUAGUUUAAUAUAAUUGAGAAAUCUCGAAGUCAUAAUCCUUUAUUACAUGAGCAUAUACGUAAGUAGAAGUCAAAUAAACUAUGGUUACCGAAUUACCGUACCGUGAAAUACCGAAACCGAACUUAAAAAUACCGAACCGUACCGAAUUAAUUUGGUAUGAUAAUGAUAUCGUAUUUUUAAAAACCGAAUAUCAAAGUUACCGAAUCGAAGUUUCAAAUACCGUACCAUACCGUACCAUACCCACCCCUGUGCCCACGCCUACUUCUACCCAUGUGCUCUCCUUCGACGAAAGCAUUAAUAACGAGAAGCGAGAAAACAAAAGCAAAAUCUAAAGAAAAGUGAAAAACAUAAAUAAAAAGGACGACGAAAAAAUUUACAGAAGAGGACAACUCGAUAAAUAGAAAGAAUUAAAAGUCUAGUCACGCCACUUGAUGUCAGAGAUGAUGUGUAAUUGUUUAAGAUCAUAAUUUUUUUUUAUUUUUUUUAAAUUUUAAGUUGAUUUAAAUUAUGUCACCUAAAUUAGAAUUGACAGAGUAUAUAUACUCCCUCUGUUUAAAUUUAUGUGAACUUUUUUCCUUAUUAGUUCGUGUAAAAAAAAAUAAUCACUUUUCAUAUUUAGAAACACUUUACUUUUAUGUAAUAAUUUAUAGUCACACAAAAUAUCUAUGAGUCAUUUAGGAUUACAAAAUUAAAAGUCAUUUUUUUUUUAAAACUCUAUAUCCAAUUAAAUAGAUUCAUAUAAAUUGAAAUACUGGAAAAUAGAGGAAGUAUAUAUAUUAGCGUGCCUUUAUUCGAGCAGUGGGACCUUUUGUCUUUGUUUUGGAGAAAAAUCUCGUCGAGGAAAAAACAAGUUUCAGUAGACCCUGCACACUUCUACGUAGGUUCCUCCACUGCCUGAAUGGCUUCUUCUUUUAACAUCACAUCAAAAACAUGAAAAAAGGGAAGAUCCCAGCAUACAGAAAAGUUGCAAUUUCUUUAAAGUUUAAACAGACGCGCUACUAUGUACGGUCAAUAUAUUUAAUUAUUAUGAUCUGCAUAAACAUAAUCUUGGAUUACUUUUCCUUUAAGCGAUGUUAAAUCUAUUAAUUUUUCAUCUAAUAAUAACCAUGCAUUAGCCCUAAUAAAAACUUCCUCCGUUCACAUACAUUCUCACUUUUAGCAUAUUAAGAAAAAAAAAAUUAUUUUUUUCAUAUCUUACUCUUCGUAUCUAUUACUUAUUCCUUGUAUCAUUUCUCAAGACUUAAAGACUAAACAUCUAAUCAGUCUUAAGUAGAGACAAAUCAGAGCGAAGUAUUUUGCAGAGGCACAGAAAAAAUGGCGGACAAGGCAGUGACAAUUAGAAUAAGGAAGUUCAUGCCUAAUCAUCUUCUUGCAAGGAAACAAUUCAUUAUCGAUGUUUUGCAUCCUGGAAGGGCUAAUGCUUCUAAGUCUGAGUUGAAAGAGAAAUUGGCAAGGGUGUAUGAGGUGAAAGAUCCCAAUGCAAUCUUUGUAUUCAAGUUCAGGAAUGGAUCAGACACGCAGAUGAAGGAGCAGAAAAAUAGAGCCAAGGAAGUGCGCGGUGUCAAGAAGACUAAGGCAGGAGAUGCCAAGAAGAAAUGAUCUGCUAGUAACAGUUCCUUUAAGCCAAAUGCAGAAAACGUUUUGCUCAUUAUUUAUGUUUUUACUGGACGCUUAUGAAGUAUUUUUUCAAUUUUGGUUGAGUCACGCAACCAUUUAGGGAAUUAACUUGAUUUAUCGAAGAAAAAAAAAAAAGACUAAAACAUCUGAGUAUUGUGAUAAAAUACCCGUAUCAAUUAUUGUUUCUUAAAAGAUGUACAACCAAACUUGACAAUUAAAACUUAAAAGUGAACGUAAGGAGUAGUAAUAAUUUCGGUUAUUGAGAUGAUUUUUUCAACACGUAAACUGAAUACCAGAUCUGCAAGUACUAAAAAUCGCAUGGUAUCCAAUAAUAAUAUAACAACAACUUAACAGAAGAUAGUACUAGACUACUAGUAAGUAGUAAUAAAUGGAAGUUUUUUCAAGAAAGAGGGAUAUUAAAGAGGUUUAAUU